AUGAGCAUCGCGGUGCUGGGGCCCACCUUCCAAAACCUGGCCGCCAACGUCCACAAGAACGUCAGCGACAUCUUCUACAUCUUUGUGGGCCGGUCCCUGGGCUACCUGGGCGGGUCGGUGCUCGGGGGGGUGCUCUUCGACUGCACGAACGCCCACCUCCUCCUCGCAUUAUCCAUGUUUGGAACAACGGUUGGUCUUUAUGGGAUACCCUGGUGUAAGAAAUCCCUGCUGUUAACUGUCUUGAUGUCAGUUAUUGGAGCUUCCAUGGGAAUUCUAGACACAGGUGGCAACGUACUGGCACUGAAUACCUGGGGGGCAGAGGCUGGGCCACAUAUGCAGGCCUUACACUUCAGUUUUGCUGUCGGUGCGUUUGUGGCUCCGAUCCUGGCUAAAAUGGCCUUGGGAGGCUCCGAAUCUAAAGACCUUCCAGUAGCUGAAAAGACAAACCAGUCUGUCCCGAGGUCUGUGCCGACAGCACCGGCUGCAUCAGCCGCGUCAGCACUGAAACACCAUCUUGGUGCGGAUUUUUUGUGGUCCUAUGUUGUCAUAGGGACCUAUCUUCUGCUCGUUUCUCUCUUCUUUUUUAUUUUGUAUUCAAAGGGCAGCUCGGCUCGAGACAAAUCAAAGGCUUCUUUGCAGAAACGCAUGUUUGCCAAAUACCACUAUGCCCUUAUUAUUCUCCUGUUCAUAUUCUUCUUCUGCUACGUGGGGGCGGAGGUCACUUACGGCUCUUACAUAUUUACUUACGCAAAGGUCUUUGCCGAGAUGAAAGAAAACGAAGCAGCCGCUUUGAAUUCUGUCUUCUGGGGUGCGUUUGCCGCUUGCAGAGGCGUGGCAAUAUUCUGUGCUGCUUGCUUGUACCCUGGCACCAUGAUCCUGCUGAGUAUCGUAGGCUCUGCUGUCUCCUCUUCGUGCUUGGCCUUCUUUGCGAGGUACCCAGCCUCGCUGUGGGUUGGAACCGCUGUGUAUGGAGCGUCAAUGGCCACCAUCUUUCCCAGCGGCAUUUCCUGGAUAGAACAGUACACGGUCGUGCAAGGAAAAUCGGCUUCUCUGUUUGUGAUCGGCGCCGCGCUGGGCGAGAUGUGCAUUCCUGCCGUGGUGGGGUAUCUUCAAGGAAGGUUUCACCACGUUCCUGUGGUUAUGUACACUGCCUUGGUGACUUCGGCAAUGACAGUUAUUCUCUUCCCUCUGAUGUACAAAUUGGCCAACUCUCCCGGUGAGAGCCACUUGAAAGAAAUGAGCGAGAGCGAGGACCGGAAAGCUUUGUUGUCAAACUCGGGGCUUAAUGAGGAUGAAGAGGAGGAGGAGGAUGCGGGAGAGUGGAACGAAGCAGACUUUGAGGUAAUAGAAAUGAACGACACGCUGAGAAACUCUGUGAUAGAGACCUCCCGUAAGAUACCCGGGGACUCUCCAGCCAAAGUCUCUCUCCAGCCCCAUCUGGACGAGGUAUUGCGCGAUUCUCCAGUGGUCGCUGGUGGCUCCCCUGGGAGAAAAAAUGUGAAUGUUGACCGGGAGAAGAAUGAUUAAAGUAAAGGCUGACUUUCUUUUAGUCAGCCUAAAAGAGGAAAUGCAAUUGAAUUGUAGCUGUUCUUGUAAAGUGGUUCGAGAAGCCUUUUAUAGUGGCGCAGAGCUCAGCGUGUUCAUUUCUGUGUUUGUCCGGCCCUUUCUCCUCUUUCAUCUUCAGUCUGCAGCGAUGUGUCUCGGAGUGGGGAAGUCCACCGCGAUGUGGCUGGGGCAACGUGCUAAAACGUACAGACUAUACUGAAAAUCUUAAAACACAAGAGGCGUUUUCUAAAUGUGAGGCGUGCCUUUAAGUCAUGUAUGCUGUAAUAAGAACUAACGGGGAAAGAAGGGGACCGCUCAGACCACUCAGUUUUUUGGGGGUGGGUAGAGGGUGCAGUUCCGAGCUGCUCGGUCACAAGGUGUUUUCACGAGAGAGGAGAGAAAUCUGUUAUCUGUGAGGCCGAGCUUUCUUAUCUCAUGAAAAGAAGAACGUUUCUACCCCAUUGAAAGGUGGUGUGACGUAAACCAGGAAAUCAAGUCAAAUUUCAGGUGACACCCAGCGGCUGUAAAUCGGAUAGCCUGUUGGCAAGGGAUUUAAUUUUCUGCUUCUGUCACUAAGACGAGAAAAAAAUUUAAAUGAAUUUUCAGGAGUGGAACCAUGCCUUUGGGUCAUUUAAAAGCAGUGUAUGGGAAGGGGGACAAAAUGGGUCGUAUUAAUCUGCUAUAAUGCUUAACUCCGAUUUCCUCGUUGAACAGUGGUGACAAAUCUAAAUAGUCUAAAGUACUUGGGAUUGUACUUGUGAUUUUAAUUACUGCACUACCACUGAAAUCAAGAAAUGUAUGAAGAAGGUGAUAAAAUUAUAUAUAAACAGAUUACUUAAUAUAUGGUAUUGACAUAGGGCUGUGAUAUUUUUAACGCAGUUUAAAUUAAGGUUGUAACAACUUUUCUGGCUUCCUGUGCCAAGACUUCAACAUCGUGAUGCGUUAAAAUGAAAAUUUGAGAAUGAGAGGGAAUUACUGAUGAGACAAUCCUUUCAGGUUGUACUGUACGAUCACUUGCCCCUGGCCAGUUGGAUCGGUGCCAUUUGGGUUUUGUUUCUUUUGGGUGCUGACUUACAGGCAGGCUCUUCCUCGCGGAGCAGCAGUGGUUUGUAGGUUCAUCGCUGCUAAGCAGGAAGAGCUGGGAAGGACCAGUCAUGCCAGCGAGCCCUCCCCGGUAAGAGGGGAAAAAAGCAGCAGCUAAUGGCAAAAACCUGACUCUGGAACAGUAGUCUUGCCAUUUGUCUACUUGAAGCUCCAAAUUUGUAGGUUAAGUAUUUCUUUUAAGGCUGUGUGAUCAGAAUGUGCUCAUGUUUGGGGUUUUUUACUUUGCACUGUUACGAGAAUUUUCUUGCCGAGAAGUUUAAUUUACUAACAGAAGAGCUCUAGCCGUAGCGUAGCACAGAACCUUAAAUGUUCAGUGUGUUUUCAGGUCUGUUUUUGUUCCCUCUCUUGUCCUCUGACUGUGCAGCCUAGAACCUCGUGGCUUUUUCCUCUCUUCUGAGAACUUAGUAAGAAGGAGGAAUCAACUUUUAGUGAAAAUGUGUAAUUUUUUUCAUCUUGCCACGUCAAAGGGUCUCUCUCUCCCUCUGCUGUCAGCACUUAAAUGCCAUUGUGUUUUCACCCGAUUCCUUUUUUUCCUUGUGUGUAUGCGCGCUUCAGCGGCACCUUUUCCAGCGCAAUGCAUGAACCUGCACUUUAAAAUACGGCCUUGUUUCACUUGCCGUUCUCUUUUUUGCUUAAAAUAAGUGCUUUUAAAUAUCAGGCCAAAGCCUGUUCUAGGUACGUGACAGCAUUUGAUCAACAGGAGUUAAGUCUGUAUGGCCUUGCGUGUUUAGUUAGUUUCACAUGGUAACAAAUGAAGUGGCGCGGCAGAGGUGGUGACUUAAGUGAGUGCAGAUUAAGCCUGCCUUCCUUCAGCUGUCCCUCUCCCCUUUUUCCUCCUGCAUGCCACAGCAGCUGCUUUGUGUCUGUGGAAAGUAGGGGUGUUAGCUGAUGGUAAGGACAAAUCCUGCUGGUGGAUGGGGGGGGAGUGGUAACUGACCCCCGGGGAGGUCACAGGUUUCCUUUGGCAGAAACUGGGUUUGGUGCAGGACAAACAACAACAAAAGAUAGGGCAGUGGUUCUGUGGCAGCCCCCCGCUGCAACUGCACUCCAUAGGCUUUGCCGGAAUUGACGGCGAUGUGAAAAAGUUUCCUCGUACCUGAGAUUGUGUUGCCAGAAGAAAAUCAGUUUAAGAAACCCACCUGGCAACCAGGAAGAUUUUAAAUAACCCCCAAUUCAUCCGCUAAUUUUUGGAAUGAAAGUCCAAAUUAGAAUGUCCUGCACGCAAGAUUGUUCUCAGGGAUAGUUUACACGUCUUGCAUAAUCAACUACUAAAAAACCCCAGAAAAUGAAUUUAAAGCUGCAGUGGGAAAUACGCUGUAACCUCUUUGAACCUUAGCUACUUAUUGCUUAUAUAUACACAGUUAUUUGUGUUUCUGACCCAACAAAUGUAAAAAUACUGUGCAGAAUGAGGAUUUUUUUUUUUUUUUUUUACUGGCUGUAUUAAUUCCUGCACGAGUCACUUCUUGAAUUCAUCCCCAUUUUCCCCCUUAGAAGCAGGAGGCCUGAGUAGUAGGAGUGGAGCAACGGCCUGGAAUGCCAAGGUAAGAGCAGCCUUUGACAGGAGGUAAAGGAUCCAAAAAGCAGUGGCAGGAAGACAGAGUGGGUUAUCUUAUCUUGAGCAGUACCGUGUAGAGUCACGGCUGAUUGAUACGAGGAGGUCUGUGUCUGGAUGACGUCUAAAUUUUGAGUUGUCCUAGGGAGCGCUUAGAGCCUUCAGUGUCUUAAUUCUGGCUUCAAACUUGAAAUGGAAUAUACUUACAGAACUUGUUCUCCUUAUCCCCUGAAAGCAUGCUUUUAAGAGCAGGGGCUGCCCUUUAAUGAAAAUGAAAUGUUUAAAGCAAUUUAAGAUGAAAACAGCUCUAGGACAUUUCCAACAAUGAGUCCAGCUCACAGCGGUUCCAGCCAGCCUUGAUGUUCACAGCUGCAGCUUUCCUAGUUCUUGGAUUUUCGUGUUCCUCGAGGCUUGUUUUUAGACAAUGAAUGUUAGUUUUUACAUGUUUAAAUUUCCUUCCGAAGUAAGUUGCUUCCUGGCAUAUACAGUUAAAGUGAGGAUCUAUUUACAGUGCCUUUUAAGUUACAGAUCCUCCAGAAAGCUUAAACGCUCCAAACGUACACGUUAUGGGUUGAAAUUACUUGACGUAAACUGUAUUACUUUACCAUUGCCUUGCUUACGCUAGACCAGUCAUCUCUCUGUUGAGGACAAGAGUUGUGGUCCAUGCAGUAGAUUAGAUACCUGAAUUUAUUAAGAAUCAUGUUUUUGUCUAUAAAGCCAGGACUGAGUUGAAGAUGAGCACGCACUUGCCCAUUGACUCCAGUGUUAAAGGCAACCUCUUGCAGUUAAGCAUUGUUUAAUACUUUUAUUUAUCCCCGAAGCACUGCCAAAUGCUGGAUUGUACCACAAGUGCUAAGACGUUAGUCCUGGCGUUUGCACUUUCAUUCUGUACGUGACCAAUGGUAGAAUGCAAGAGUAGGCAAAGUUUUGUGCCUUGAUGGGGUUUGGGUUUUUUUUGUUACGUUGCAUAAAAGCGCAUCGCGACCUGUGGCUGUUCUAUUAUCUAUUUAAUAGUUUUUAUUCUGCUUGCUGUGGGUUUACAUUGUACUGUAUAAUGUGAAAUUUUAACAGACUGACUUGUAUCUUGAAUGUAAUAAAUUCGUAACUGGAAAAGGCACUCAGGUUCCUUGAUGUAA